AAAAAUGACAAAGUACUAUUUUGAAUCAUAUUAUAAUAAAAGACUGUCCAAAUGGAGAUUCUCUUAAAAUGACAAAGUACUAUUUUAUUAAAUUAAUGAUCAAAAUUAUAUUACGUAAAUAAAAAUAUUUGGAGUCAUAUAGAAUAUAAAACUAUACCCAAAUGAAGAUUCUUAUAAACUGACAAAAUAUUAUUUUGUUAAAUAAAUUUUAAAUCAUGUAACUAAAAAGCAAGCUUUUAAUUUACCGUCCCAACUAGUAUUAUGUAAAAUUUGUUGUGAGGAGGCCAUUAUGAACUUAUUUCACAAUAUUCUUUUUUCAAUGCUUGUAAGGAUUUUCUAAUUUGAAGUGAGUGACACUAAUAACUUCAAGGUUUUCGGUUUCCAGCUUUGAUACUUAUGUCCAGCCUAACACUGAGGAUCGUAAUUGGAAUGCCUUGCAUGCUUGGUCUUUUGAUCUAUAAAUUUCAAAGAAGGCAUUUGUCAAUGUUCGACGUAAUUGAAGGCUUCCUGCAAAGUAACACAAAUCUCAAAACAAUCCGCUAUACAUACUCAGAUAUGAAGAAAAUCACAAAAGGCUUUCGAGAAAAACUAGGCCAAGGAGGCUACGGUUCUGUUUACAAAGGAAAACUUCGAAGCGGCCAUGAUGUAGCGGUCAAAGUACUUGCCAAGCCUAGCUCAAAUGGGCAAGAUUUCAUCAAUGAAGUAGCCACAAUUGGAAGGAUCCAUCAUGUUAAUGUGGUUAAACUUGUCGGGUAUUGUGCAGAAAGAUCCAAACGCGCCCUUGUCUACGACUUCAUGCCUAAUGGUUCGCUCGAAAAGUACAUAUUUAAUAAGGAAAAAGGUGAUUCACUUAAUCUGAAGAGGAAGUACGAGAUUGCAAUUGGAGUGGCUCGUGGAAUUGAGUAUUUGCAUAGAGGAUGCGACAUACAAAUCCUGCAUUUCGACAUAAAGCCUCACAACAUACUUCUUGACGAAAAUUUCACACCUAAAAUAUCCGAUUUUGGUCUGGCAAAGUUUUACUCAACAGAUAAUACUACAGUGACUCUCACUGCAGUUAGGGGAACAAUAGGCUAUGUGGCUCCUGAGCUAAUGAAUAGAAGCAUCGGUGGAGUGUCUUACAAGGCCGAUGUUUAUAGCUUUGGGAUGUUGUUGAUGGAAAUGUUGGGGCUUAACAAAGGGACGGGGCCUAAUAUUGAAAACAAAUCGACCCAAUAUUUUCCGUGUUGGAUAUAUGAUCACUUGAAUAAAGGCGAAGACAUUGAAAUUGGAAAUAUGUAUGAAAAUAAUGAUGAUGAGGAAAAGGACGACGAUGAUGAUGCGAGAAAAAUGAGGAGAAAGAUGACAAUAGUUGGAUUGUGGUGCAUACAGAUGAGUCCAAGUGAUCGCCCGUCGAUGAGUAAUGUUUUGAAAAUGUUAGAAGGUGAGGAUGAAAAUAUGAUGAUUCCUCCUCAACCUUCGCAAUCAUCUGAGAUUCCAAGCUAUGAUGAUCAGACUUGGGGAACUGAAUCCGAAUCAACCGGUUCUGUAGCCUUGCUGCGUAAUGAUUCUUUAAGUUUUCAAUAAGAAUUUGAAAUAAAGAUAUGACAUUAGUAUGAUUGUGGUAUUUGCUAAUUAUAUUAUUUUUGUUAUAAUCCUUUAUUUUUUUAUAUAUAGCAGAGAAUUAUAUUUC